AUGGCCCUCCAUACUAACAGACAAUUCUGUUACACAUGCACAGCCACGAGAAAGCUUCUCUCCCUCGCUCUGCCAUGUCGUAAUGAGAACUUUGCCGGUAAGAGGGCCACCGUUAACACCACAUUAGGAACAUGGCUGGCCGUUGGCGACGGCGUAGGCGCACGCCGUGCAGAGGGAGCCGUUGGAGUCAGCAAGAAACGGGCAACCAUGCCAUCCCCUUCUAUUGGCCCGUGUGAUGACAGAGGCGAAGUUGGUGCGAGAGACGUGUUGGCGGCUUUGUCUGGGAGAACUUGGGAUUUGACUGGCUUUAUUAAAGUUUUCAAAAGGAAUACAGAACAACCAGUGGCCCUUAAUAACGACAAAUGGGAAUCUGAAAGACAGGGUAUGUAG